AAAGAUAAAAUAACAAAAAACACUGAUCAAGAUUACUGUUUAAAAAAUAUGCAUGCAAAAUAGCUAGGUCUGUGCUGCUGUAUGUGUGUAGUGGUCACCAUCCAGUAUAUGAGUAGGCAGGGGCAGACUGACCAUUCGAGUACUCGGGCACUGCCCGAGGGCCUGGGGUCAGUAUGGGGGUCCAUUAAAUGCCCCUGGUACCUUUUAUAGGCUUUGUUGGGUGUGCUUUGAGUGUGGGCAAGGACACAGGGGCCCCAUGAUCCCCUAUUGCCUGGGGGCCCCAUGAGUUGUCAGUCCUCCCCUGU